CUUUUCGUUUGUAACUGAACCGACGAAGACAUUGAAAAUGGUGAAUGUUCCCAAGCAGCGCAGAACUUAUUGCAAGAAGUGCAAAGUUCACCGAGUUCACAAGGUAACGCAGUACAAGAAGUCUGAAGAACGACAAGCUUCCCAGGGUCGUCGCCGUUACGAUCGUAAAAAAAAGGGUUUCGGUGGUCAGACUAAGCCAAUCUUCAGGAAGAAGGCUAAGACCACCAAAAAGAUUGUACUGCGAAUGGAAUGCGUCGAGUGCAGAAACGGCAGCCAUCAUAUUCGUAACCCAGAAAUUCUGUCCCCGUCACUAAAAUAGUUCCUUUUGGAGUCAAACAUCUUGGAAGCUAUCCAUAGCGAGAGCCGGCAUUUAGUAUUCUGAUACAUCAGCAAAUAGUACAAAUAAAUCUAGCCAUUAGUGGGCGGCAGUGCACAGAGAAAAAUAUUGGAGCUUGCAAUUUUGAAAAAUGACUCGUGGUAAUCAACGUGAGCUAGCUCGAGAAAGGAAUAUGAAGAAACAGCAAACCGCUAAAGCGAAAAACAAGGAAGACGGACUUACUUACGAGCAACGAAAGCAACGCGAUGCCGAUAUAAUGCGACAGAAGCAACAGAAGAAGGAGCAGGCCCAGCAAGCGCAACCCGCUAAGAGUUAAUGUUGACUGUCGAAAGACUCCACCAGUUCGUUGACCGCUUGCAGGAAUGCCGACACAUCCCGCUUCAAUCGCACUUGUUUCUCCCAGCUACCACUUGAAGAAAUUCAAUACUGUUGCGAUAUGAUUAAUACCAUUGAAUCAAACUAACUGAUGAAGAGGGCCAUUUUACACACAGGCAAUUUUCCAUUGUUUAUUUUCGAUGCUGUUUUAGUAAAGGUUAAUGAUUAUCCAUUAUGAUUAGUUGGUAGAUACAAA